GGAGGCUUCCGCACCCCCUGCCCCGAGCCCCGCAGACCGGGCGGGGCCUGCCUUCUAUCCUCGGUUUCGGUUUCGCUUCCAGCCAGGUCCGUGCAGUGGGAAACGAAACCGAGGUGGUGCGUGCAAGCCGCCCGAGCUGCUGUGCUGCCGCAGCUCCCGGAGCCGGAGGGGACGCGGACAGCGAGGGACCCGCCCGGACCCGCCGAGGCUGCUCCGCGCCGGGAGCUGCGCCCGUCCUGAACCUUUUUGAGAUUGUGUGAAAAUGGAACGUGAGUGUAUGAAGAAGCUCAAUGAAUACUGUCAAAGGCAGAAAUUGACACUGGUCUAUGCUGAUGUCAAGGUGACUGGCCUAUCUCAUGAUCCUGAGUUCACAGUUGUGGUUAAAAUAGAUGGUGUAGAAUACCGUACAGGCACUGGUAAAAAUAAGAAGGAAGCAAGAGCAGUAGCAGCAAAAGAAACCUGGGAAAUGAUUGAAAAACAGCUAGAGAGUCCUUCAAAUAUGCAAGCUGAAGAAUUAGUGACAAGUCCAGUGACCUUACCACCUGUACCAGACAAUGACUAUGUCAGCCGACUAAAUAUGUUUUCACAAAGGACACGGAGAUUAGUUGAUUAUUCUAAGAAACAGUGUUCUGGAGGUGCCCAUGCUCCCAUGUUUUCUUGUAGCUGUGUGAUUAGUGGUACGGUGUAUGGAAUUGGCACUGGACCUUCUCUAGCUGCUGCAAAACAAGCUGCUGCAAAACAGGCAUAUGAGAAGCUAGACAAGGAAGGCUCUCUAACACAUAUUCCAUGGAUUCCACUGAGGAGGAAAACAAUCCUUAUUUUGAUAGGAAGUGAAAAAUCUAACAGCAAUUUUACACUUGGCGAACAUAGUAAUUCCUCUCGAGCGCCAAUUCAGUCUGACUCAGACAGCAGUAUUUGCUUUGAAGACUCAGCUGAAAAGUUGGUAGAAAAAAUGAAAGACAUGCGAGUAUGUGAAAAGCCUUCACCUUCUUGGAGAGACACCCUGAAAGGUAAAAGACAAUUGGCAGCUAAUUUUGGUAACAUCAGAAACGAGGGAGAGAAAAAAAAGAUGUCAGAUUCAGAUGAAAGUUUGCCACAUUUGGACACAGAUACCAGGGAAAGCCCAUACACUGUGAAUCAAAGAUUCCUUGAGAGUUUUAGAAAUAUAGAGCCUAUUGGUGAAGGCGCUUUUGGGAAUGUUUUCAAAGGAAUAGCAAAGAAUGCUGACAGAACCUAUGCAGUCAAACGAGUUUGCUUCACAAAGAAGGUAAAUCGUGAAGUAAAAGAACUUGCGAGGCUUGACCAUGAAAACAUAGUGCGCUAUUAUUUUAGCUGGGAAGGAGAUGACUAUGUAACUUACCCAGACUCGAGGAAGAAGUCAGAGAAAAAAUUGCACUGUCUUUUCAUCACAAUGGAAUUCUGUGAACAAGGGACAUUGGAAAACUGGAUUGAAAAGAAGAGACAAACCCGAAAGUAUCAUGAAAUGGCACAAAACAAAUUUUUACAAGUACUGAAAGGAGUAGAAUAUAUUCAUUCUAAAGACUUAAUUCAUCGAGACCUCAAGCCUCAAAAUAUAUUCAUAUCACAUGAAGAUAAAAUAAAAAUAGGCGACUUUGGUCUUGUGACUUCUCUGGCAUAUGGGACUCUGAGUAAGAACAGAGGAACAGAAUCAUAUAUGGCACCAGAACAGUUUGGGGACAAAUACGGAAAGGAAGUAGAUAUUUAUGCACUGGGAUUAAUUUGGUUUGAAGUUCUUUCUCCAUGCAGUCGUCAUGAAAAAAGUGAGAUAUGGCAUGAUAUUAGAGAAGGUAAACUUCCAGAGCGCUUAAUCAACCAAUUUCCAGCAGAGGUAUGGGAUUUUAAUACAUUAUUUCAGUUGAUUUAUUCACUCAAAAAUAAUUUAUUGACAUUUACUUUCUUUUUGCAGGCAACUAUGAUAAAAAGGAUGCUUUCAAGAGACUCUUCAGGAAGACUGUCUGCAUCUGAAAUACUUCAUUUGAUGUCCGUUGAUAAAAACAACUCACUUAAAACUCCUUUUACAAGUUUUUCAGAUUCUGCAUAUAAAUCCAGCAUUUGA